GUGAACAUUCGGAAUUGACUGCGCAAGAUGUCUUCUGGCUUCGGACUCAAUGGAGGCCCCUCACGCUGCUUCCCCUUCUGGCAAGAGGUUCUAGCUUGCUAUGUUGUCAACACCACAUCCGAUGAUGAUUCAGGAAAGCGGAAAUGUGCUCCGGUGCUAGAGGAUUACUAUGAGUGCUUACAUCACAAGAAGGAGGCCACAAGAGUACGAGCAUUACAAGCAGCAUACCGAAAAGCAGAAGCAGCCCAUCCUCGAGAUGAUGCACCAAAGGCGGGUCAGAUAAGAAAUCUGGGACUGUUGGACAAGGGUGAUGAUACCAAGGCUGUGCUGGGCAAGUGAGCAAUGGUCAUUGGGGAUUGUACAUAAGGCAUGAAUGGACCAUAUCAGGACCGUCCAAAAGAUGUUUUUCCAUGGGGAUGAUCUAAAAAGGGUUCUUUCUCUCGACGUUUAUACUUCACCGUGGACAAGAAUUCACCAAGGCUACAAUUCCAAGCCUCGUGCAACAUUGACGUGGAUUAUGCAUAUCUUGCAGCUCGUCUCUCAGUUCAAUACGUUUCGUUCACUACGCAUCUACUCAGCCAGCAUUCUUUUGGGGUAGCUUUAGGUGCAG